AUGCGUGUGUGUGUGUGCCUCACGGCCUGCGAGCAUGGGCAGCCGGAGCAACGGAGCAACCUGGAGCAACUUGGAGCAGCAGGCGUGAAGGGAAGGCGUGGUGCAGGACCGGGGCAACGGAGCAAGCUGGAGCAACGUGGAGCAGCAGGCGUGAAGGGAAGGCGUGGUGCAGGACCGGGGCAACGGAGCAAGCUGGAGCAACGUGGAGCAGCAGGUGUGAAGGGAAGGCGUGGUGCAGGAGUGGCAGAGCAGCGGACAGAGUGUGCCGGAGCAACGGAGCAACUUGGAGCAGCAGGCGUGAAGAAAAGGCGUGGCGCAGGAGUGGCAGAGCAGCGGACACAGUGUGCACUCAAGGGGACAGUCGCUGCAGCAACGCAGGGAUCACCAGUGGCUGCAGCAACGCAAGGAUGA